UAGGUAUAUGGUUCGGAACGAAACCCACGAGCAGAGAAGUCCGCUUCUAUUGUAUUGCUUCCGCCCCUAUCCUUCCUUUCUAUCAUUCUUCAACUAUAAACCUCCACCUUCAAAUCUCUUUCUCCUAUAUGAUCCUAUCGCUGCAAAAACAACAAAAAAAAUAUAUCCAUACUCGUCCUUCAACUUCUCGUUAUUCUAUUAUUUUCCCCCAAAUCUCUUCGCGGAAGCCAAGAACACAUCCCAAACCCUAAUCCGAUCACCUCCCCUUCCCCGAUUCUCCACGGGUGUGGUUUGAAUAUGAGUAACCAGAAGAAGAGGAAUUUCCAGAUUGAGGCGUUCAAGCACCGCGUCGUGGUGGAUCCAAAGUACGCCGAUAAAACCUGGCAGAUUCUCGAGCGUGCGAUCCACCAGAUUUACAAUCAAGAUGCUAGCGGUCUCAGCUUCGAAGAGCUUUACAGAAACGCGUACAACAUGGUUCUCCACAAGUUCGGCGAGAAGCUCUACACAGGCUUCAUCGCCACCAUGACCGGUCAUCUCAAGGAGAAGGCGAAGCUCAUCGAGGCGGCUCAGGGAGGUGCCUUUUUGGAGGAGCUAAACAAGAAGUGGAACGAGCACAACAAGGCGCUUGAGAUGAUACGUGACAUCCUCAUGUAUAUGGAUAGGACUUACAUCGAGAGCACCAAGAAGCCUCACGUUCAUCCCAUGGGGCUUAGCUUGUGGAGGGACAACGUUGUGCAUUCCGUUAAGAUACACGCCAGGCUUCUCAACACGCUUCUUGAUCUUGUCCACAGGGAGAGAACGGGGGAGGUUAUUGACAGGGGGCUUGUGAGGAAUGUGACUAAGAUGUUUAUGGACUUGGGGGAGUCUGUGUAUCAGGACGAUUUCGAGAAGCCGUUUUUGGAGGCUUCGUCUGAGUUUUACAAGGUUGAGUCGAUGGAGUUUAUUGAGAGUUGUGAUUGUGGGGAGUACUUGAGGAGAGCUGAGAAACGUCUGACUGAGGAGAUUGAUAGGGUGGGGCACUACUUGGAUGCUAAGAGCGAGGACAAGAUUACUAGUGUGGUUGAGAGAGAGAUGAUUGCUAACCACAUGCAGAGGCUGGUUCACAUGGAGAAUUCGGGUCUUGUGAAUAUGCUGUUGAAUGAUAAGUAUGAGGAUUUGGGUAGGAUGUACAACUUGUUCCGCAGGGUUACCAAUGGUCUCGCUACUGUUAGGGAUGUUAUGACCUCGCAUCUAAGGGAGAUGGGGAAGCAACUGGUUACUGAUCCGGAGAAGUCGAAGGAUCCGGUGGAGUUCGUGCAGCGGUUAUUGGAUGAGAGGGAUAAAUAUGACAGAAUCAUCAGCACCGCGUUUGGUAAUGAUAAGACGUUUCAGAACGCUUCGAAUUCUUCGUUCGAGUAUUUCAUCAACUUGAAUACUCGUUCUCCUGAGUUCAUCUCCUUGUUCGUUGAUGACAAGCUAAGGAAAGGGCUCAAAGGUAUCGCUGAUGUGGAUGUGGAGGUCAUCCUCGAUAAAGUGAUGAUGCUGUUCCGUUACUUACAAGAGAAAGACGUGUUUGAGAAGUACUACAAGCAGCAUUUGGCUAAAAGGCUUCUCUCUGGCAAAACCGUGUCGGAUGACGC